AUGAAGACUUUUGUUGUGUUAGCUCUGUCAUUAGCUGUCGUAUCAUGUUCUUUCACCAGUUUCGUACUCAGAAAUCAGUGUGACUUCGCAAUCAGUGUUUAUCGUACUGGCUACGAUCGACCAGAAACCGACCAGUGUAUUCUGCCAUCUGGGUUGGGAUGUGCUAUCGCUUUUAAUGCUACUCAUGUCGAGUUCAGAGCUAACAAGGAAGGUAAGUACUGUGAUUUUAAGAGUAAAGGAAAGUAAUUUAAUACGUACGCCAUUUAAACGUACGUUUCAAAGUGUCACGCAUUGAAACAAAAUUAUUUAGUACCGUGAUAUCUACGAAAUGCCACAAUAGGACGGAUAUCUUUGAAUUUACGUUAAAGUGGUUGCAAAUACUCAUUAACACAAUCUUAAUAAUUUUUUAAAAGGUUACAGUAGCUUUAGUUUUUUGCAGUGGUAUAAAUAUAGCAAAACGUACAGUACGGUAGAAAACUUGCAAAGCUAUUGGCAUACACUUUUCAAGAUAGUUUCCAUAUUACCUUGUCAUGCUAAGCAUAUCAUACAGAAUAGCUAAAAAAAAAAGCAAAUGAAAAGUUUCGAAACAUAAAGACAUUGUUGUAGGCAAAGCCCAGACCAAGUUCUCGUUGAAUGAAAACCAAAGCGAGGUUGACUACUAUGAAAUUGACACAUCUGCUGGUUACGACACCCCAGUAGCCAUCUACACAACUGACGGUCAUUCGAGAAACUUGACCUGCAAUUCAGCGUAAGAUUUUUAAUUUUUUUUAAAAUUUAAAUUGAAUAUUCAAUUUUAUUUUUAAACUUAAUUUGCUUAAUAUUGGGUUGUUUAAAUAAUUCUGCGUCUCUUAACUUAAAAAUUUUGAUUUGAGAGGAGGCACAGAAUUAUUUGAACAGCCUGUUUAUUUAUAUCAUUUAUAUAUUUUUGUCAUUUUUUCAUAUUAACUUGACACUAUAGAACUAUUUACUUUUCAGCACCUGUUCUGAUGCUGGACAACGUCAACAACUUCCUCACGGUGGAAAGUUCUACGUUGUUUAUUGUCCUUAA